AUGGUCUCGUUUGAGGAAAGCGCCGACGAGACGGUAACACCGCCGUCCGUUGCCGCGGAAUCCUGCGGCGACAACGACUCCAUUCUGCAAUUUGGCAGACACCGCCUACACCCGACGCUCGUAGAAGCGCUGGCCGGCUCAUACGGCACAUUCACAGACAUACAGACAAAGGCCAUACCGCAAGCACUCGCAGGAAAGGAUAUACUCGUCAAGGCGCAAACUGGAUCGGGGAAGACUUUAGCCGCGCUGGUUCCUAUUGCAAACUUUUUAUAUAACUUGGAUGAUGCUGUUGGAGCUUGUGAUGUGAUAGUGCUUAUUGUUGUGCCUACAUCAGAGCUUGUGGCACAGACCAUUCAAGUGCUAAAUCGGCUUCUCAGGAAUGGAGUGACUGUAAGGGCUGGAUCAGAUGUUGCAGGGACAACCGCAAACGUGGUAGUCACGAAACCUAAAAACGCUAUUAUGUAUGCUAAAGAGCAUCAGGCUUCGCUGAAAAAGGUGGUCCUGGAUGAAGCAGACCUCCUGUUCGAAUUUGGUUUUAAAAAAGAAACCCUACAACUGGCUGAAGUGCUGAGGCACUUCGGUAGGCGCAAGCAGUUUCAGACUAUCAUGCUUUCCGCAACUUUGGACCAAGAUGUGCGAGCACUGGCUAACCUUAUUCUGUACAAACCAGAGUUCAUAGAAGCACAGUUCACACCAUCAAUGGGAUCUAUCAACGAAUUUUAUGUAAAGGUGGACGAGGAAGACAAGCUGUUACUCCUAUAUGCACUACUUAAAAUGGAUGCGGUGCCAUAUCCGACCUUAAUAUUUACGAACUCAGAUGAACGGGCAUACUUGAUUAAGACGCUGUUGGCUAAACUCUCCAUUGAAUCUCGCACACUCAGCCGAUUGCUUUCCCCGAGAAUGCGUCAAUCGCUGCUCAACAGUUUCAACCAGGGCAGUAUAGAUGUUCUCAUGGUUGCGGAUGACGCCCGAGGCGACAAGCUAUGCGCAACGCGAGGAGUGGAUUUCAAGUCGGUGCAGUGCGUCAUUAACUUCGACGCGCCUGCUGAUGUUACUGUGUAUACGCACAGGAUAGGGCGUACUGGUCGCAUGGGGAGCAUAGGGAGCAGCGUCACGUUAAUCACCGCAGCGGAUGAACCGCUAUUGGAGGGACUGCUUGCAGACGCUUCGAGGAAAAUAGAGCCUUUGCAAAUCGAAAAGGGCACGUUCGACAGUAUGCGAUACCGUGUGGAUGAUGUGGUUAAGGGUGUAACCAAGCGGUUGGUGGCGACGAGUCAGGUACAGGCGCUCCGCCAGAGCGCCCUGCUCGAAGAAGCGUUUGUCACCACACUCAGCAAACGUGACGAAGAACUACUCAAGGCGGUGGUCAAAAACGAUGACAAAAAACUCACGGUAGAAAAAAAACACCUUUCACACCUCCCCAAGUACCUCGUGAACGACCCACUGCGGGCGACCGUGCUCGAUCUACAGCAGAAGAUAAACGCCAAUGUGCGUCCAUCACAGAAAAAACAAAGCGCAACCAAUGAUGCGCCAUCGAAGUUGCGAGUCAAACGGAAGAAACACAAGAUUCCACGCAAACGACAACCCACAUUCAAGCGGAGGAAGAAAUAA